AUGUUUUAUUUAUUCCAGCUGACAGUCCUUGCAGAAGAAGUAGAAGUAGUAGAGGCCAUCCAAGGUACCGAGGAAGUAAAAGAACUUAAUAAAAAUGAAAAAGAACCAAGUUCGGACCAGUUAGCAUUAGAAUCACUCGAAGAACAAGGCGAUCCUCCUCAAAAUCUCCCGUAUAGCGGCAAUCCUCCUAGAAAUCCCAGUCAGCCAUCAAGAAACAAUGGCGGUCAUUACAGCAACCACAAGCCCUUCCCUGGUCAAAAGAACACCAACAACCCAUUCGAUACUAAGAUUUCGUACAAUGGGCCACCGCCUCCACCAAUUAAGCAAGCUAUGGAUAAAUACGGUUCGGAUGUUGGGGAUAUUUGGCCAGCCCCUGCACCUGAUAUGCCAAAAAUACUCUCGUUAGAUGUUAAAUGUGAAAAGAAUUUAAUGAAAGUAUACAUAGGUUUCGAUAAGCCCUUUUACGGCAUUGUUUUUAGUAAAGGCCAUUAUAGCAACGUCCACUGCGUUCAUCUACCUGCAGGUUUAGGAAGAACAUCUGCCCACUUCGAAAUUGGUAUCCAUGCUUGUGGAACCUCGGGUAACACUGAAAACGGAUUGUAUGGAUAUGGAGCAGAAUCUGGAUCAGGGACUUACUUUGAAAAUAUUAUUGUUAUACAGUACGAUCCUCAGGUACAAGAAGUAUGGGAUCAAGCUAGGAAGUUAAGAUGUACUUGGCAUGAUCAGUACGAAAAAUCUGUCACCUUUCGACCGUUCCCCGUAGACAUGCUUGAUGUUGUAAGAACUGACUUCGCAGGUGACAACGUUGGAUGCUGGAUGCAAAUUCAAGUGGGCAAAGGACCUUGGGCUUCCGAAGUUUCGGGUUUAGUAAAAAUUGGUCAAACUAUGACCAUGGUUCUUGCAAUCAAAGACGAUGACAAUAAAUUCGAUAUGUUAGUUAGAAAUUGUAUGGCACAUGACGGUAAACGAGCACCUAUACAAUUAGUUGAUCAAAGAGGUUGUGUUACAAGACCUAAGUUAAUGUCUAGGUUUACCAAGAUUAAGAACUUUGGUGCUAGUGCUUCUGUUUUGUCAUAUGCUCAUUUUCAGGCAUUUAAGUUUCCUGAUUCCAUGGAAGUGCACUUCCAAUGUACCAUUCAGAUUUGCAGGUAUCAAUGUCCGGAUCAAUGUUCCGAUUCAUCAGGACAACAUCUACAUGGUUUGCUUGAAUUGGUCCAUGGUCCUCCUGAUACUGGUUAUGGAGUCCCUCCUCUCCAAAUUGAAACUUAUCUUCAUCAAGGAAGACCUAGAGAUGAAAGAAGAACAAAGAGAGCUUUAGCAGUUGAUCCAGAAAAAGAAGUUGGAGUUAAUAGGGUAAUUAGGGUAGUUUCGACAGGAGAUCUUACUUUCUCGAUAGAUGAGAAUACUAAUACUACAACGCCUCCCACUAUGGUGUUUCCAGCUAGAGAAGAAAUAACAAACAGUGGUUUAAUAUGUAUGACCACACCUGGCUUCGCAGCUACAUUAGUAGUACUUCUCGCGAUAUUAAUAAUAUCUUGUUUAAUGUCAGCAUUUUUGUGUGUUCGAUUAAGACCGUUCGCAGAAAAUAAAUUAGCCGGUGUUAUAGCUUACACAAAUUCUCAAAAACGAAAAUCCAAAGGCUGUUUCUAUUCGUAAUGGUCAAAAUGAUAAUAAAAGGGUAAAAUUCGAGGUAACGAUUAAAUGGCUACAUGCUUGGUCAUAUACCAGAAAAUCCAUUAAUAAUGAUUUAUUAGUGAGUUUUUAGUUUUUCCUCAGUAAGGGAUGGCCCAGUGUAAUGGAUAUGUUUUCUUGAAACUAUUUUCGGGUAUUUAUAGCACAUAAAUUAACAUAAGGGUACUAUUUAUUUAGAUUUUUCUUAUGUUAUUAUUACAAA